CCCAGACCUCACUCACUUACAUUUACACUCGCGCAAGACUUAUUCUCUGUCAUUACUCAUUUCUUCCCUUUCACUCGUGUCUGUGGCUUUCGACUCGGUCUGAAGACACUCUUUCCAUUGAACCUGUCGCGAUAGACCAUGAGCGUGCGACUAAGACGAUUGUUUCGAGAUCAGUUACACGUGUCUUCUACGCAUUAGCACCAAUUGCUUACGACAAGCAUACACCAAACCAAUUCGCCGAUUCGCAAGCCUAGAACUAUCAAAUGCCUUCACAACCGCUCGACUCCGGCUGGGACUUCAGCACCGCCAUCGGUCUGAUAGAUUCGGGCAACCAAAACAUUAGCUCUCCACCGCUUCGGUCGGUGGCGACACCUCAGGCUUCAUCAUUGAAAGAUGGAGGGAUACGUCUAGGCAGCUUUUCGAAGCUGUUCGAAAACCUAGGAUUCGCCGAUACUGCCUCCGCGCCGUUGCCGCCACUCGAUCCUGAGUCCGAACUCAGCAAUUCCGAUGACGCUUUACUACCAUCGCCUGUCCUCGGAUCAACCAAGACACUUGCCAAGCAUAGCGAGAGUUCAGACGAGCAGGCGACAGACAACACAGGUCUGACCAAGACCCAACGGAAGAAGGCUCGCAGACGCGCCGAGAAAGAGCUCGAAGAGGAGCGGUGCCGUCAACAAGCUGUUCAGGACACCCUGGCUCAGCUUGCGGAAGAGCGCGAGCAGAGGCGGCAACAAGCACAACAGGUGUUACUGCGGAAACAAUUAGACGAUAUCGCCAGCAUACCUACCAAGGAUGUCAAGGUGGCGCAGACGCCAACCAAGCCGUCCCGAGCACAUUCACGAUCCAACGUGGGCGCUAAGAUCAGGCCUGCGACCCCUACUCCAAUACCUGCACAAGACACAACCGAGGCUCCUCAGACACAACCGAAGCAGCCUAGGACACCCAAGGCCCGCCCCAGCAUCCUAAAGCGGCCUUCCGCGGCACAGCCCGUGACUCCUCAGCCUCUUCAAGAAGUCCCUGCAGUCGUUCCUUCGACUGUACCGGCCCCUACCCAGACCCAAAGUACAACACUCGGCACACUUGCACCUCCCUCGUCUCAGGACAUCGUAGCCGAAGCUCAGCAAGCGCCUCGUGCCACCACACCGGGACAUCAUGGACUUGUUCCCCGGACUGUUCGACCCGUCACUGUACCAAGAACCUGUUCUCAACCAGCUGUCGUUCAACAACCGCCCACUACCCCAACGCCGCAUCGUAAAUCAUUCAGCGGACAGCGACCAGCUCUCACGAUUAGAUCACAGGUAGAACGUCAUUAUCACUUGUUUAACAAGUUGAUGGACACUUUCCCCGAUGAUCGAAAGUGGCUGGUGGCCCCUAUGCAAAUGCUUAACGAGCGCAACUCAGCGCAUGGAUUGCACGUCUUUGUCGACGCCUCCAACAUUAUGAUAGGCCUCAAAGAUAUGCUCCGCUACCACGGUCUGCACCACAACGCGUACGACAUGUCCUUUGACAGUCUAGCGCUACUGAUGGAGCGCCGCCGACCGGUAGCAAAGCGUUUCUUCGCCGGCUCCCACCGCGAAGCCAACCCCCUUCCCCACGUGGCGAAACUAGUCGAGACCUCCAAAGCCGUCGGCUACGACAGCGUCAUGCAAGAGCAAGUCCUGAUCGUACGCGAAGACUCUGAGAAGAAGAAAUUCUUCAACGACGUCAAGAAGAUGGGCUGGCACAAGGCUACUCAAAUACGCUCUUCUGGCAGCGGCAGCGACUCUGAAACGGGUCCAUCUGCUGUCACUCCGAAGACCCCCUCGGCCCCGAAAUGGGUCGAGCAAGGUGUCGACGAGAUUCUUCACUUGAAGAUGUGCCAGAGCAUUAUUGAUACCGAAGUACCUAGUACCAUGGUUCUCGCGACGGGUGAUGGUGCGGUGGCGGAGAUGUCGGAUGGCUUCCUCGCGCAUGUUGAGCGCGCGUUGAAGAAGGGAUGGAAGGUUGAGUUGAUUAGUUGGGGUCAGCAGAUUAACGGCGGGUAUAGGAGGAGGCAGUUCAGGGCCAAGUGGGCGGAGCAGUUUACGAUUAUUGAACUUGAUGAGUUCUUGGAGGAUCUCAUUGAUACGCCGUAGGAUGGUGGGUUUACGUGGUUGGAUGUAUUGAUUCGGGAUGCAUGGUUUGGGUGUUAGUUCGCAUACGAUAUGAGGGAUGAGCGAGCAUGGCGUUGUAUGUUGUCGUUCUCAGAGGUCUUCUUCUGGUUGUACAUAGCUUCAGCUUCAUUUUGUGGUGGGGGGUUCAUGUAUUGCAUUUAUUCUACGCGAAGGGCAUAUAGCGUUGUCGUUACAUAGCAUGGCGCAGCGUAGGACUUUUGCCUCGUACACAGAGGGAAAUUAAACUUGCAUUCGCUCACUCUUAUCCUCCACAGUCUGAUGCACUGAAAUGCCCAAUUGCAUCGCGGACUGAUACAACAAAAAGCUCAGCCUGAUGACGC